GCCGUCGUCGUCUUCGUCGUCAUCAAACCCAACAAUGAUGAUCAGUUUCGCCGGACUCCCCCCAGAAGUCACACAGGCCAUGUGCACCCCGAUGCACCUCAUUCUCCCCGCCGCACCUUCUCAGCACCCAUCAUAUCCCUCACACCAUUCACCUCCGUCACUGACAGGCCAAGGGGCACUAUAUCUUGGCUCCUUCGCCGCUGUUCUUGAACCGACUCUCCUAAAGGAGCACAAUAUCCGUCACAUAGUCCAAGUCCUCGACGGCUUCUGGACUCCCUCGAGUGGUGCAGACGGCGUGUCCACUUAUCGGAUCGAUAUCCAGGACAUAGAAAGCGCCGAUCUCAAGCCGCACCUCGAGGAUGCCGUCGAGUCGAUCGACUCGGCCCUGUCCAAAGGCCAGAACGUCCUUGUACACUGUCAUCAGGGUGUAUCUCGCUCCGCAUCGGUCGUCAUCGCCUACCUCAUCCGCAAACGUGGCAUGUCAUACCAGGCCGCUGCCGCAUUUGUGAGGCAGCGGCGAGCGUGCAUCAAGCCCAACCCAGGCUUCGUUCGCUGUCUCGAGGAGUGGGAGCGCCAAUGGCGACCGCUCGCCCCCGUGCGCACGCAGAGCUCGAAGUAAGCAAGAUAUCCUCAUGCUUCCGACAGACCGAACGCUUAGACUAUUCGUUGAUACCCCCGCGAAGUUUCCGCAAUGCUCAAGUCCGCUGAUGUUCUACACCAGCCUUAAUUUAUUCAGGGUCUGAAGGUGCGAUACGAGCGAUCGCGCCCCCGUGUUUCAUCAGCUCGAGGUCUUUUCUGAAGUUGUCACAGAUACCGUUAAAUUAUCUUUUCGCCUCUUCAUUGUCAAUACAAUAGUCGAUUUCUCCGAAGAGUUGUUUUCUUGGGCCUGAGGUAUCACCUAUUUAUAUACGAUGUGUUGAGCGU